CGAGCAUGUGAGAUGUAGACAACAACUUGACAACUUUCACAAGCUUCUCGGGCAUUUGAUAUCGUGUUUCGACGCUACAUCAACGCUGCUAUUGCCAUCAUUAUACACUCGCAUGUCAAGAGUGACAAGCGCACUCCCCGUUUGCCUCCAAAACACGCAGCAUGGCUGUCGUCCAAACCCUCUCAUCACCCUUUGCGGGCAUCUCACAGUCAUCCCUGACACCCACACCAACCAUCCCAACCCCAACCCCCACCCUCCUCCUCGCAGCCGCAACAGCAGGCGCCACAGAAGCUCUCUGGACACACCCCCUUGCUCGCUUCAAAUCCCUCUCACACUCCCACCUUCCCCUUCCCCCAACCACGCACAACCCCCUUACGACAUUCACCCACGUCGCGCGCCACAACGGUCUCGCCGCCAUGUACACCAGUUGCGCACCACGAGUACGCAGCACGUCGUGCAGUGUGAGCGUGCGUUUCGCCGCGUAUAGUUUCUUCCGCCGCCACCUCGGCUCAGACACGGGCAAGCUUUCCCCAAUAAGUGGGCUACUGGCGGGCGCGCUAGCAGGUGCAGUCGAGGGUGUUGCAAGAGAGACGGUGGCGCGGAUAAGAACUUUGCGGAUCGAGGGCGAAGAUGUGCUGCGUGUGAGCGGUCUGCGGGGGAUGGGGAGUGGGUUGAUACCAGCGGUGCUGAAGCAGAGUGGUACUCAGGGUGUCAAGAUGGGGAGUUACAACGUCCUGCGCGAGAUGACGCGGCGUUGGGAUAUACCACAAGAUGCAGCAACGGUGUUUGUGACGGGUGCUUUAGCAGGUGUGGUAGCGGUGUAUGUGACGCAGCCAUUUGAUGUGGUGAAGAUCCGGGCGCAGGGUGUUGGGACGGUAGCAGCGUUCCGAGGGGCGGUGCGACAGGCGGGUGUGGGAGGACUGUGGAGCGGAAGCACGUCGCGGGUGAGCAGGCUGGCUUUUGGUAGCGGUAUCCUGUAUACUGUGUACGAGAAGGUGGCCACUGCGAUUGAUGGAUCGAUGGAGACGGAGCUUCUCGUGUUUACACCGGUGCGCCGCGAGAUAUAUAAUGCAUAAUCGUCUCUUGCCCUACGCUGCUGGAAGAUCCGUCGAAUUUUCAAACAACCAGCUCGCCGACUCCAGGCAUCGCGCCAUCUCUUUGCUUUGCAACCUCGAAUGCCAAGACGGUGUGAUCUGUGAAGUACAUCAUCAAUCUCCAC